CGGCAGGGCCAUGAUGAGCAUCUGAUGUCUUUGGCCGGAUGCGGGAGGGGUGUUGGCGUUCGGGCGGGCUCCCCAGUGGUCGAAUUUACGAAUUUCGUAGCCAUCCGCCCCCGGUUCCCACUUGCAGAAAUCUACUUCGUUGGCGUCUUCCUCCUGUAGUGUGUCGCCACUCUCCGCGAAUGCGACAGCUGAAGUGCGUGUUCCAUGUCCGGUGCCCUGUCAUCCAUGGCUGACCUGUAUCGCAGGCUGCCUUUGUUGCUCCUUGUCGUUGUGCUGCUGCUUGUCGUUGUCAUCUUCCACAUCUGCUUCCUCGGCCGCGUUCCUGGACGGAAAGUGACGCCGUGGACGUCGAAGAAGGCGAGGAAGAUGGACAACCUCCAGAAGAAGACCACGGCGUCGGCAGUGGCAGGGGGAUCUUCACGUCUACGUUGCAUCGGUGUGGAUGGUGCCAAGCGACCGUACGACCCCACGUUGUACAGCCACCUGCCGUCCCACGAGAUUCCGUUGCCUCCGAGUGACGCCGAUGCCGACGGCCCUCGAUCCUCAACGGCUCCCCUGGCCAGCGGUUCGACGCAGGAUUGGAUGGGGAGCCAGCUGUUUAGACAGCCACCAACGCCGACGUACAUUGAUCUUCUGGAGGGGCAGACCCCGGCCGGCUACGACGUAGGACUUGUCGAUCUGAGCUUCGGUCUGAGGUUUGGGAGUGCUCAGGAAGUGACGCACACUGUUGUCGUCAACCCAACUUCAGGCAGCAACCACACACGGCUUUCGGCGACGGCAGGGGGGCUUCCGGACGAGCGCGGCGGGUGUUACCGUGAGUUGGCCGCCCAGCAUGGAAUCGUCUCGCCAAAGCAGGGAGCAAUGAGCAGUGCUGGUGUGGCCGCUUCAAGGACGAAGACAACGGGAUUGACGACCUUCCGAUCGACGACGCCUACUGAUGCAAUCGACGGGCGACGGGACGACGAUGAUUGGUCCGCUACAGAGGUCCUGGGUCGACAGGUUUCGGACGAUCAUCGGCAACAAUCACGUUAGUCAGCACGUCCAGCAUAACGAGA